CUGUUUACUCCCAAAGGGCCCACCGGACCAUCCCCGUCCGGCCGAAGACAGUACCAUCUUAAAACCCUAGGAUUUCAAAACGGCCGAAAUUCCGCGAAAAGAAGGAAACAAAUCAAUACGAUUGGGAGUGGCGGUUCUGUUCUUCAUCUCUGCCCUCUCAUCCCUUCAUCUAUACGAAAACACAUACAUUUAUACACACAAAGCAUUUACAUAUGUACUUGUAUAUACAUCUUUCAGUAGCUUAGAUAUCGAUUCUCUAAUGCAAUCCACCUUGUAUAUUGCUUCCACUUCUCCACCAUACUUUCAAUUCCUGCGGAAACCGAGCGAAGCUUUUUGUUCCGCCAAAUCCAGAACCUCUCUUAAACCCUCUACUCUCUCAAACUCGUUCAAGACCUCGUUCUACUGCGAACUCGAAGAUGAAUGGAUCGAAAAACCAGAUGAACAUGAACCCGCCUCGCCGGCUCCCCUUCCGGUUGUAAUUCGUCGGUCCGGUAGCGUAUCUCGGUACCACUGGGACGGGGGUGAGUUGAAGUUGGUUUCUGUGGAUGGAAAUUCUCUUUCUUUGUCGUCCUUCUGUUUGGAUUUCGAAGAUGGGUUCCGAAGAUUGUUCAGGCUCUGUAGUUCGGGUGUGAGGAACUUUUUUCUUCCCCGAGAGGUUACUUGGAAUUACCUAGAGUAUGUGAAAUGGAAGUUCUUUCACAGGGUCUUCAGCUCUGCUCUGCAGGUUCUUGCCACCCAGGCAAUGUUUCGAGCAAUUGGAAUUGGAUACUCUCAUUCACUUCCGUCAGCUGCUGCCCUGAACUGGGUUUUGAAAGAUGGACUUGGAAGGCUCAGCAGGUGCAUCUACACUGCUAGCCUAGCAUCUGCUUUUGAUACUAACUUGAAGAGAGUUAGGUUUUCAACAUCCGUGCUAUUCAGUUUGAGCAUUGGGGUUGAGUUGCUGACUCCCGCAUUUCCUCAGUAUUUCCUGCUUCUUGCAUCUGUAGCCAACAUCGCCAAACAAAUUAGUCUAGCAUGUUAUCUAGCAACUGGUACUGCUGUCCAUCGAAGCUUUGCAGUAGCAGAUAACCUUGGUGAAGUUUCUGCAAAGUCUCAGAUUCAAACAGUGUGCUUCGAUAACCUUGGUCUCAUGCUUGCUGCAGCUUUGAAUAUUCUGUUAAGAAAUCAUGAAAGGUUGCAAGCAGGUUUGCCCUUUAUUGUGUACCCUAUCUUCUCGGCAGUUGACCUCAUUGGAAUUUAUCAAGGGUUGAAGCAUGUUCAUCUGCAAACAUUAACUAAGGAUAGGCUAGAGAUUAUAAUAAAUACAUGGAUUCAGAGGGAUUAUGUCCCCUCUCCUGCAGAUGUGAGCAAAGAGGAAGGUAUUGAUUUCCUGUGGAUAAAAGGCAGAGGAUCAUGGCCCAUAAGGAUUGGUUGCUUAAAUCCAAAAAGUCAAUUGCCAAGGUUGUCAAUGAUGACUAUGAGAUCUUUGAAUAACAAGGACUUCUAUUUCAUAUGUUUGGAGACCUUUGGCAGUGUAUUGGCAGGAACUCAACGACAAGGUCUUGUUCUUUGUUUGCGGGAGGGGGCUGGUACUGCAGAUGUCAUCAUGGGUCUCUUGCAGGCAUGCCAUAUUCGCAGAUCUAACUUAUGUAACAGGUGUAAAUGGGAGAUUGCUGAUUCUGAUCCGCGGCAUUGGCUUGAAUUGAUUGAAUGUAGCAAGCGAUGUGCAGAGCAGGAUUUUGACAUGUUAAACGAGCAGAUCUUGGCGUCAGGGUGGGCUUGUAAAAAUAUUUUAUUGAGCACACAGGAGCAAGUUCGAUAUACUUUGGUAGAUGACUGAUACAAGUACAUAAGAGAGUUUUUUUUUUUUCCUUCUUCUUCUAUGGGCGUGGUGAAUGAAAUCAAUGUGACCAUGUUCAAUGGAAGACUGGAUAAGAGCUUUGAUUCUUAAAGAAGAGUAAGACAAUACAUACUGAUGUUAUAUGAACAGAGCCUCAGCUCAAUUACAGAAAUUUACUUGAAAGUAUCCUCAAAGAAGAGAGAGAUUUGUUGAACAUGUAAAAAAAGUGUUGCCAAAUUCUGGAUGCACCAAUUAUAUGAAUAACAGCAGCUAAAUAUGGCUAUCGUUUUGCCAGAAUA